AUGAGCAACUUCGGCUACGUAGGCUCAGUUAUAACAGAACUCGCCCUCAAAGACGGCUACCAAAUCCACGGCCUCUCCCGCAACGAAGCCAGCGACUCAAAGCUCCGCAACCUCGGCGCCGUAUCCGUACGAGGCGACCUCACCUCCCUCGACGUCCUCCGCCACGAAAGUAAAGCAGCAGACAUCAUCAUUCACCUGGCCACAGCUUACGUCUUCGGCGGCGAGCCCUAUGAGACCUUUAGACCUAUAGAUACCGCGGCCGUCGAUGCCAUCGCCGAUGCUCUAGCCGGAACCGACAAGCCUCUCGUCGUCACGUCCGGGUCCCUUUGCGUCGCGGCGGAUCCUACAGGCGCAGAGACUACCGAGGUAUCGCCCGCGGACCCGGAACCCAUCAACACCCGUAUCCUGACUGAGAUCCACUCGCUGGAUCUCGCGAAGAGAGGGAUUCGAGUCAUGUCGGUUCGACUAGCGCCCUACGUCUACGGCCGAGGCGGCAGCGGUAUUGCGCAGUUCAUGGGUAUCGCGGCUCAGACAGGCGGCGUGACAAUCGUCGACGGUGGGAAGAACCGGACUACCAAUGUGCACGUUGACGAUGCCGUGCGACUCUUCCUUCUAGCCGCGGAGAAGGGACGAGCAGGGGAGAUUUACAACGCCAGUUCAGCGACAGAUGUGACCUCGCUCCAGGUUUCUGAGGCCAUGGCCGCAGCUGUCAAUGUUCCGCUGAGGGAUAUCAGCCUAGAGGUUGCGAAGGAGCAGCUGGGGGAUACUAUUUCCUUCUUCCUGUCCGUUGAGAAUAGGGCGUCUGGUGCAAAGGCCAAGGAAGAGCUUGGUUGGGACCCUCGAGGUCAGGGCAUCUUGGAGGACAUCAGCAAGGGUUCGUAUGUGGAAGUUGCCAAGUCUCUCAAGAAGUAA